AUGGCGGCGCCCAGCAGUGUCGGAUCUACGGGUACGUCGUGGUCAAAAUGGCACGUAGCAUUGAUAGUAGGAGCGCCAGUUGCCUUCGGAAUAGGGUAUUGGUACCUCAGGCAGUCAGGUAAUGCAGGAAGUAAGGAGAAGCGGUCUUUGGCGGACAGGUCGAAGGGAGGUGCCUCAUCAAUAGCUGCGACAAGUCAGAUUUCCCUGGACGGAACAGGUACGGAGGAUAAUGCUGAAAUUCAAUCAUCUGAAAGUCUUUUGAAGAAAGCUUUGGGAUGCAAAACAGUUGGAAAUGAACACUUUAAAGCUGGAAGGUACGAAGAUGCUAUUAAAUCAUAUAAUCAGGCAAUUGAGUUUUGCCCUAAAGAAAACACAAUGGAUUUGGCUACUUUUUAUCAAAACCGAGCUGCAGCUUAUGAGCAGUUGAAAAUGUAUAAAGAAGUUCAAGAGGAUUGCAGUCAUGCACUGGAACUGAAUCCAAAGUAUGUAAAGGCACUUCAACGCCGAGCUAAGGCUUGCGAAUUAACUCAAGAUCUUCCUCAGAGUCUUGAAGACAUUACUGCUGCUUGUAUUUUAGAAGGAUUUCAGAAUCAGAACACACUCCUCACAGCAGACAGAAUUCUGAAAGAACUGGGUAAGGUGCAUGCCAAAGAAGCAAUGGCAAAUAGAAAAACAAUAAUGCCAUCCAAACACUUCAUAAAAACAUACUUCUCAUCCUUUAUUGAAGAUCCUAUUACUAAUAGCAUAAAAAAUGAAAGUGAUGUGGCAGAGGCUGAUUUGAGAGGAUUUGCACAAGCACAGAAUGCAUUUAAGAAGCUCAACUUCGAAGAAAUAGUGCCUGCAUGUACUGAAGAAAUAGAAAGUGAUGGCGAUAAUAAGUUCAAAGCACUGGUUCUGCGAGCAACAUUUUACUUGCUCAUGGGAGAUCAUGUUAAUGCUCUGAAGGAUUUUGAAACUGUCAUUAGUGAUGAAAGCAUUGACGCAAAGUUGCGAGUAAAUGCACUAAUUAAACGAGCUUCUCUGUAUAUGCAACUUGAACAACCUGAUAAGAGCAUUGAAGAUUUCAACCAGGCUGCUCGGUUGGACCCCUCAAAUUCUGAUGUAUAUCAUCAUCGUGGCCAAGUUCACCUGCUAAUGGAAAAAGUAAAGGAAGCCAUGGAUGACUUCAAAGCUGCAGUGUCUCUGAAUCCAAAUUUUCCUAUUGCUUAUGUUCAAAAGUGUUACACUGAUUAUCGCUAUGCAUUUCAAAGUCAUGAUAUGGAGAAGAUGCAAGAAGUAAUGAAGAAUUUUACCCUAGCUGUGAAAAAGUUUCCUGAAUGUUCCGAAUGUUACACCUUGUUUGCACAAGUUUUGUGCGACCAGCAGGAGUAUGAGAAAGCAGAUUCCUAUUUUCGAAAAGCCAUUGAAGUCGAACCCGAGAAUGCAGCUGUGUAUGUACAUCGAGGGCUUCUUCAGUUGCAGUGGACAGGGGAUGUAAAUAAAGCCAUUGAAUUCAUCACUCAAGCACUGAAAAUGGAUGAUCGAUGUGAAUUUGGCUAUGAAACUUUGGGAACAAUAGAAGUUCAACGUGGGAACUUGAAGCAUGCAGUUGAUCUUUUUGAUAAGGCAAUCCCAUUGGCUAAGACAGAGUUGGAAAUGUCUCAUUUGUUUUCUCUUCGUAAUGCAGCAGUGGCUCAAGCCAGUGUUGCUGAGAAAAUGGGCAUUCCUCUUACCUCUGCCACAGGUCCGUAGUGGCAGUCUAAAGUUUUAAUGGUUCUACCUAUAAUUCCGUCGGAGAUGACUUGUAAGAGCAAAAGCAAUUUUCAUUCCUGUUAUUAGUAAGAGAUUUCGUAAACCUAUAGAACUCUCGACAGGUUUGUAAUAAAAGUCAGUCAGUGGUUGCAAGAAGUAAUAUUAUGUUUUGUUACAUUCAGUGAGUGUUAGAUUGAUGAACAAUUGCAAGUAUCAUGCUAUAUGUAAAUGAGUCACUAUAUGUCACGGUUGUGAAUAAAGUUUUGUAAUGUUUAUUCCUGUGUUUAACC